AAAGGAGGAGAAGGGGCCAAAACCGGCGACCCUUCUCGCCCAAACGGUGGCGGUGGCCACCGAAAUCUUUUGGACAACAGCCAGCCUCCUUGUCCCCUCCCUGCCGACCACCGCUUUUCCGGCGAUCAAGGGGAGAACCGCCGAUAAACGAUGGUCCUUUUUCAUGGCCGUCAGGAAGAAGCCCUCUCCCUUUUUUUCGGCAUGGUGGUGCGGCCAGUUGGAGACUCACGGCCGCGCUUGGCCAGUGGCCACAUUUCGGCCACCAGGAGAAGAGGCCACGGUGCCUCACCGCUGCAAGCUGGCGGCGGCCGUUGCCCUCUCUCCCCUUUUCCCCUCCGCCCGCGUCGGCCAUGGCAGCCAUGGUGGGUCGCAACGGCAAGCCGGACGUCAGUGCCAGCUCGCCAGGGCGACAGGCCGCAGCAGCGGCCAUGGCUGCCUCCUCUGUUUUUCAAACAUGAGCAACAGGGUUCCGAAAGAAGCAUAGUCCCCCUAGACUUGCUCUGAUUAUGGUAGGCCAGGAAUCCCAGCUCUGAUAAGUAAGUCCUGCAACCCCUAAAUCAAAACCCAGGAAUCCCAACUGUAAACGAUGAGAGACCUCGUAACUAGGCCACCUGUCCAACUGGUCGCAUGGAAGUCGGCGGAUGUCGUCCUUCCUUUCCAACUGGUUGCAUGGAAGUCGGAGGAUGUCGCCGCUUUUGCACUGCUUCAAUGUAAUCCGUCUGCCUCGUCAGCGGAUCCGCACGGCGCCGCCGCUCUCCACGUGGCACCGUCCAAUGGGAAUCAACUAGGAGCUUCGACGAGCCUAACUAACUACCCCCCUUCCCGCUUCCUUCGUUUCGUUCCCUUGAAAGGACUCUGUUUCCAUAAAACGGCCUCCCCAGAUUUUUUGAAACAGAGCUCCUUUUCCUCCCCUUCGGCUCUUCUCUCCUUCCUUUGUUUCCUUUUCGUUUACAAUCCUUUGGAGAGCGAGUUGAUUAACCUAAAGAAGGAGAUGAUGGAUGAAGCUGUUGGGUUAGAAGGAAGUGUUGAAUGGGCUGAGCAAGAGGGGACCUUUAAUAGUUGGCUCGAUAAGGUGCUUGCUUCUGAUGGGAUUGAGAGUCCUCGCAUGGUUGAGGAAGAGAAUAGACCUCGAGAUAGGCCCAAAGAGCCAGACUCAAAUUCCAAGAGGCAGAAGAUAGGUCCAUGCACUGACAAGACAGAGGAACCCGGUCCUCUAGGUUUGAUUUUACGCAUAACUCCAUCUUUCUUGGAUCUCAUUGAUAGGAAGCUAUCUCAAAAGAAGACCACUCCUCUUAAUGGACCAACUUCGGGUACUAAUAUAGAAAAACAACAGACCAGAAAUGAUGAAUUUAACAUCCAACCCACAUUAAUGAAAUGGAAGGCUUCAAAUUUUCCUGCAACAAAACUCAAGAUCGGCUGUUGGGAGGCGAAAACUUGUUUGGGAGAUACAAGAAGAAAGAUUGAAAAAAAGAUUGAGAUCCAAUGGACCGAUAUCUCAGCAACCAGAGCACGAUUCAUACAGGAUCAACCAGACAUUCUGGAAGUUGAGUUAAGGCAGCAGCCCAUGUUCUUUAAAGAGGUAAAUCCACAGCCAAGAAAGCAUACUAAUUGGGAAGCUUGUUCUGAUUUUACCAGUGGGAAUGCAACCACAUGCAGGAGGCACUAUCUUGAGUUUGCAGAAGGAACUUUGGAGAAACAUUAUGAAAGGCUUUUACAUUCUGAUCAUCGGCUACUUACGUUGAGUCAGAAAGUUUUUGCAAGCCAUGAUUCUCAGUUUUUUGAAAACCGUUAAUAGCGACAUGCAAGAUAUGUGCAUGCUCCAACCAAAAUUUCCACCUAUUUCAAAUCAACCAUCCAGCAACUGGUGUCCACCUCAUCUGAAUCAUAUUGACAAUCAAGGGAGUGCUCCUACUCACAUGUGG